AAAACUCGUGAAACACACAACCAGCUUACGUGAGACAAACACAGCCGUUGAAGUGGGCUCUAGGCUAGAAAAUUGUCGAAAAUCAUUUGCUACGAUAUUUCAUUGGCGAAUUUCGUGGCGAGAUUAUUUACAAACACACACUUAAGCAGCUUGUGAUUAUUAAAAUUUUUUUACUAUAGCCAAUUUGUCUGGGCUGGCAGUCAUUGUGGAAAAUAUACCAAGCUCUGCUUGCUAUCAGUUGGACGAAUAAGCAGGCGGUCAUUUACAUAAAGUUCAUUCGAAUUGUUGCAGAGGUUUCGAAGUGCAGCGCGCUGAUAAAGGUGCAAUUCAAAACGAGCGGAAAAAUUACCAAAUCAAAAGCAGAGUUUAAAAAAAAAAAUUCCAUAAAAUUUAAUCACAAAAUUUUUCAAGAAAACUUUCAUAAAUUUUUAAUAGCUCAAUGAAACUUUGGUGUACCGCUUAGGAAACAACAAAAAGUGUGUGCCAUACAUAGCAAAGCAUAUGAAGUGAUAUAAAACAAACAAAGAGAAAUUGAAGCGAUCUAUUGUUUCGAAACAGCGUGAAGAAGUCAAGCCAUCUGCUUUCCUAUACGGCUGGCCGUCUGAUCGGUUCUUGCCUGCCGUCUCCCAUCUCCCGCAUCUCCCGCCUGCCGCUGCCUAACUAUCGUACUAAUCUGAGUAUCGCUGCUUCUUCUGGUCUAUUGGCUCACCGAACUUGAUUGUGAAAAGAGCAUAUAAAAUCAGUGUGCCUUUGCAUUUGGUUUUGUGCAAAAGAAGAAAAGAACUGGUGGCAACUGCGGCAGCAGCAAGAAGCCAAAAGUCGAAGAGCAGCAAGCGCAUAAAUCCAAAAUUUAGUAGCAAUUUUUCGUAUUUGGUGCAAAUCAAGUGACUUUCUAAAUUAAUGGAAAACAUUUUUGCUUGGCCAUACAAUUUAAUUUCGGCACAAAUUAAAUACCUGAAAUUGCCAGCCACACGCGCACAAUACGCCGAGUGACGAGUGAAGUGCAAAUUUUUGAGGAGAAAUAGAAUUAUUGAAUACUAUUGAAGUGAAAGUGAUAAACGCGUGAAAUCGUGAAAACUUUUCCAACAACCCCCGUAAAGGCAGUAUUUCCGCUUGUGGUUCUUACGUAAAAACAAAAGUCUUCGAAAAUGUUCUCUAAGAAGUCGUCGAAUAAUGUUUUGAGCUUGGUGAUCCUGCUCUGCUUGACCGUUGGCAAUCAUGGACGUGCACGUGACAUUUGUCUGGUACAGCCAUCCAUUAAUGGACUUUGCGUCUCAAGCACAUUGGGUAUUGUCUACGAUGUCGAAACGCAACAUUGCAAAUAUAUGGGCUGCAGUACUGAUAAGAAAUUAUUUGCUACGCUGGAGGAUUGCGAGAAAAUUUGCAAUAAUUCACGACAUCGUCGUCUACGCACUAAAUACAACAAUAAAACGAACAAUGUGAAUAGAGAGGAAUAACUAAAAUGAGAAAACAAAAAGAUUGCAAAACCAAAAACAGAAUUGUGUAAAUGCCUGGAGUGUAUUUGUUUGCUUUAAGUUCACUUAAUUUUAUUGUAUACAUAUGUAUAUUGUAGAUUAUCUAUAAUAACAAUUAAUGUAUAGUAAAUAGUUGAUAAGCAUAAUUUAAUUUUGAAAAAUAAAUCUUUUGUAAAAAAUAUGCAUUUGCAGUUAAUAUGCAUUUACGUCUUAGUUAUUUUAUUGAAACAAGUUUUUGUUUAUUUAUUAACAGAUUUAUAAGUAGAUUAUGAAUUAUUGUACAUACAUAUGUAUGUAUGUAUUGGUAUAUUAUUAUACAUCUGUGUACUGUACUGUUUAUGUUCUGUAUGAUAGACGAUGAAAAAUGUUAGUGAAAAAAUUAUAUGGGAUUAUUAACAAUUUAUUAUCAAGCAAUAAUGUGCAACAUAAAAUGACAGUUGUCGGUAUACUUUA